AAUUCAACAUGGCUAAGUUUACACUUCCUCUUCACAUCAAUCCACAAGAUCUUCUCCCUCCACGCUGCGUAUAUGCCCAUGACAGGAACUUCCUUCCUCCGUGCCAUGGCUGUGACAGCGUCCCUCUUCAGCGUUGUCGCUUCCUCGGCCUUUGUUCCAGUAGACGACCCUCACCGCGUCUCGGUGUUCGACGCGACGGUCUCUGGUCUAGCGCCGAAGCCGCCGGGUGCUUUCGACAUGUACAUUCUGGCGCAGAGCUGGCAGCCGACCUUCUGCUUCGGCAAGGAGCAGGAGUACCCAGGCUGUCGUGCACCGCAGAGCUACUGGCGCUCGCACCUGACGCUGCACGGGCUGUGGCCCGAGCUGUCCGGCAGCGCGCCGCCCAGCUUCUGCUCUGGUGAGGCCUUCGACGCCGACCUCAUCGAGCGUGGGCUUGGUAUCGACACGCUACACCAGUACUGGCCCGACGUCAAGUUCAGCGAGGCGUCACCGCAGUACCCCGACUUCUGGAAGCACGAGUGGACCCGGCACGGCACCUGUUCCGGCCUCAAACAGGUCGACUACUUCACGCACGCCAUCAACCUCGAGCGCAACGAGACGCUCGCGCCCACGCCGCAGUUCGUGCAGGACCAUAUCGGCAAACAGGUGGACGUCAAGAAGCUGCGCGAGGCGUUCGGCGACGCGGCACUCAAAUGCCAGCGUUCCAAGCACGUCACCAUGUUCUCACAGGUCUUCACGUGCUGGCAGAAGGACGCGCACAACGUGCCGACGCAGCGCCGCGCCUGUCCGGCGCAUAUUCACUCGGAAGACUCGUGCGGCAAAGGCAGUGUGACCAUCCCCGCCUUCGACUAGCGAGGCCAACAUGCGUUGACUCAUACCGGUCGACGAUAAAGUGCAAGCCGGGCUCUGACUACUUCACGAUAGUCGGUCCACGAAUGCACGUCGUAAAUCCUCACGACUUGACCGGGGUAGCGUUGCUCUAAACCGUGUAGGUCCAACGUUGUAACAUUUCAUAUUGGUGUACGUGCGUAGACUCCUCUCAUUUGCGUCGUGUCCACCUGGAGCCACGGCACGGCACGCCACCAGAGUCUCGAUGCGCGUGCUCAGUUUAGUGUUUUCUAGCUUUCGAUCUUCAGGUGACGGAGGCUCGUAGUCCAUGGCGUUGCGGUGGAUUGAAGUUGUACCGCUCGACGCUCGCCAGGGUGUAAUGGAACCAUUUUGUCACGUUGAUGCAGACCACUUGAGGCUUGCAUGCAGUGGAUCCCGUGGCUGGUAAUCGAUUGUAACAUGAAUCGAUCAUAGCGCCUGUAGACGCGCAAUCGAAACGCAAGAAGCUGUUGGUGGUGAACGCUCGCUUAUGCGGAGCUGUUAUCAUUACUACUGGUUGAUCGUACACUACUUCGUGUCGCUAACUUAUCUUCCUCAUACUUAAACGUCAUGCACACAUAGUUUCCUCUAGCACAUGGAGGCCCGCACCAGCGAGACGCGCAGUGGCGGCAGCACUGCUGUCGACGUUGCGACUGUCACGGGUGACACACUGCGCUGCUGGGUUGAGUAGGACGCACGACGAGAUACGUCGUCUGUGACGGUCAGUUUGGGUAGC